AUGGCUGAAGAUCUGGACAAACCGUUGUUGGAUCCUGAGAAUUUCAAUAGAGAUGGCAUCGAUUUGGAACGCUUACCCCUGGAAGAAGUUUUUGAACAACUGAGAACAUCAGCGAGAGGACUUUCAUCCGAUGAUGCUGAAGCCAGAUUGCACAUUUUUGGGUACAACAAACUUGAAGAGAAGACAGAGAACAAAAUUUUGAAGUUUCUUAGCUUUAUGUGGAACCCCUUGUCAUGGGUUAUGGAAGCUGCAGCAGUUAUGGCACUUGUCCUUGCUAAUGGGGGAGGUGAGGGUCCUGACUGGCAAGACUUUGUUGGGAUUAUUGUCCUAUUAAUAAUCAAUUCAACAAUUAGUUUCAUAGAGGAGAAUAAUGCGGGAAAUGCUGCAUCAGCUCUUAUGGAACGUUUAUCUCCAAAGACAAGGGUUCUCAGAGAUGGGCAGUGGCAAGAGCAAGAUGCAGGUAUUUUAGUGCCAGGAGACAUAAUUAGCAUAAAGCUCGGGGAUAUAAUUCCAGCUGAUGCUCGUCUACUUGAAGGAGACCCUCUGAAAGUUGAUCAGUCGGCUCUUACAGGAGAGUCUCUGGCUGUCACCAAGAGGACAGGUGAUGAAGUAUUUUCUGGUUCAACAUGUAAGCAUGGAGAAAUUGAAGCUGUAGUGAUAGCAACCGGAGUUCACUCAUUUUUUGGAAAAGCAGCACAUUUAGUCGACACCACUGAAGUUGUGGGACAUUUCCAGCAGGUCCUUACUGCCAUUGGGAAUUUCUGCAUUUGCUCUAUAGCUGUGGGAAUGGUUCUUGAAAUCAUUGUCAUGUUCCCCAUACAGCAACGUUCUUAUAGGGAUGGAAUCAACAACCUUCUUGUUCUCUUAAUUGGAGGAAUUCCAAUUGCUAUGCCAACAGUGUUAUCUGUGACACUUGCAAUUGGUUCUCAUCGACUAUCUCAACAGGGUGCAAUUACAAAAAGGAUGACAGCAAUUGAAGAAAUGGCGGGAAUGGAUGUCCUUUGUAGUGACAAAACUGGAACUCUUACCCUGAACCGCCUCACUGUUGAUAAAAACCUGGUUGAGGUUUUUAACAAUAAUAUAGACAGAGACACAGUUAUCUUAUUUGCAGCCAGAGCAGCAAGACUGGAGAAUCAAGACGCAAUUGAUGCAGCCAUUACCAAUAUGCUUGGUGAUCCAAGGGAGGCACGUGCAAAUAUUACCGAAGUGCAUUUUCUGCCCUUCAAUCCAGUGGACAAGCGUACUGCCAUUACAUACAUCGACUCUGAUGGUAAUUGGUAUAGGGCCAGCAAAGGAGCUCCAGAACAGAUUCUAGAUCUUUGCCCUGAGAAAAAUGAGAUUGCUGGAAGAGUACAUAGCACCAUUGACAAAUUUGCUGAAAGAGGCUUGCGGUCUCUUGGAGUUGCUUAUCAGGAAGUUCCAGAAAAAACUAAAGAAAGCCCUGGUGGUCCUUGGACCUUUUGUGGGUUGUUGCCCUUGUUUGAUCCUCCGAGGCAUGACAGUGCUGAAACCAUUCGUAGAGCACUUAACCUUGGAGUCGCUGUGAAGAUGAUUACAGGUGACCAGUUGGCAAUUGCGAAGGAGACAGGGAGACGGCUUGGUAUGGGAACAAACAUGUAUCCUUCCUCUUCAUUAUUGGGCCGCAAAAAAGAAGAAGACCACGAAGCCGUGCCGGUGGACGAGCUGAUUGAGAAGGCAGAUGGCUUUGCUGGUGUCUUCCCUGAACACAAGUAUGAAAUUGUAAAAAUCUUACAAGAAAAGAAGCAUGUCGUUGGAAUGACUGGAGAUGGUGUUAACGAUGCACCUGCUUUAAAGAAAGCAGACAUUGGUAUAGCAGUGGCAGAUUCCACAGAUGCUGCGAGAAGUGCUUCUGAUAUAGUCUUAACGGAACCUGGCUUAAGUGUCAUUGUCAGUGCUGUCCUGACCAGUCGAGCUAUAUUCCAGAGAAUGAAGAAUUAUACUAUAUAUGCUGUUUCCAUUACCAUUAGGAUUGUGCUUGGUUUCGUGCUUCUUGCAUUGAUAUGGGAGUAUGAUUUCCCACCUUUCAUGGUUCUGAUUAUAGCAAUACUGAAUGAUGGGACCAUCAUGACAAUUUCCCAAGAUCGGGUAAAGCCCUCUCCAAAGCCUGACAGUUGGAAGUUGAAUGAGAUAUUUGCAACUGGCAUUGUCAUUGGUACAUAUCUAGCUUUGGUUACUGUGUUAUUUUACUGGACUGUCAUUGAGACCACCUUCUUUGAGGACACCUUCGGCUUAAUGUCUAUAUCCGACAACAGUGAGGAAGUUUCAUCUGCUGUAUAUCUGCAAGUUAGCAUCAUAAGUCAAGCUCUCAUAUUUGUUACCCGAAGUCAAGGAUGGUCAUUUCUUGAGAGACCUGGAGCUCUGUUGAUGAUUGCUUUCGUUGUGGCUCAACUGGUGGCUACUCUGAUUGCCGUCUAUGCGGAAAUCAGCUUUGCUUACAUUAGCGGCAUUGGAUGGGGAUGGGCUGGAGUCAUAUGGUUGUAUAGUUUGAUUUUCUACUUCCCCUUGGACAUUAUCAAGUUCGCAAUUCGCUAUGCCUUGAGUGGAGAUGCCUGGAAUUUAUUGUUUGAUAGAAAGACAGCUUUUACUGCUAAGAAAGAUUAUGGGAAGGAAGACAGGGCAGCUAAAUGGGUACUUUCUCAGAGAACUUUACAGGGGUUGCAUGACAUGGAGUUCAAGGCAGGUAGAACUAGCCCCAAAAAUUCUGGUUGGAUUGCCGAACAGGCCAGACGGCGCGCUGAAAUAGCCAGGUUGGGAGAGCUACACACUAUGAGAGGACAUGUAGAAUCUGUAAUGAGGCUCAAAAAUUUGGACCCGAACGUUAUUUCCGCCCACACAGUCUGAAGCCAAUACAUGGAGACAGUAGUAUUCAAUUUUCUGGUGAAAGAAAAUUCUGCAGCAUUUGCUCACAUAAUUGAUGUUUGGGUAUCUGCAAAAGAAAUUGACAUUUGGUUACCAGAUUUUUUUUUGGGAUGGCAUAGGUAACUCUCUGUAAUGUUGUCAAUUCUUUGGGUGCUAAAAGUAAGGAGUAUAUUUUCCUAGUAUUAAUUUGUCGUAAUUUUCAAUGUAUACAAGGGGACCUUCUGUUUUUGUGUAAUAAUUAGGCUACUUGAAACUAAUAAACCCACAUGAUAGAGUGGAAUUUUCUCUAUUA